UGUGUAAUUUAUUUAUCUUCAAAAUAACCAUGUUGUCUACGAUGAGAGUCGCCAGCCGCCGGGCUGUUUCGCGUGAGUCAGGCAUGCGGGUCUUGUUGACUGGGGUGCGAGCUGGUUCUACUUGGGCCAAUGUUCCUCAGGGACCUCCUGACGCGAUCCUGGGUAUCACUGAAGCUUUCAAAGCGGACUCUUUUGCGGAGAAGAUCAACUUGGGUGUUGGAGCUUACCGCGAUGACAAAGGAAAGCCCUACGUUCUUCCCUCCGUUCGUGCCGCCGAAGACAAGAUCGUCGCAUCCCGUCUCGACAAGGAAUACGCUGGUAUCACCGGUGUCCCCAGCUUCACCUCCAAAGCUGCUGAGCUCGCCUACGGCGCUGACUCUGCAGCCCUCAAAGAAGGCCGUAUCGCCAUCACACAAUCCAUUUCUGGUACGGGCGCACUCAGGAUCGGUGGUGCUUUCCUUGAGCGAUUCUACCCCGGCGCCAAAAAGGUUUACCUACCCACACCUACCUGGGCGAACCACAAUGCCGUCUUCAGCGAUUCCGGUCUGGAGGUCGCCAAAUACCGGUACUAUAACAAGGAUACCAUUGGAUUGGACUUUGACGGUCUCGUUGAGGAUCUAAAGGCUGCUCCUAAGAACAGCAUUAUCUUGCUACAUGCUUGCGCUCAUAACCCUACCGGUGUUGACCCUACCCCCGAUCAAUGGCGUCAAAUCAGUGAUGUCGUCAAGGAGAAGGAACAUUUCGCUUUCUUCGACAUGGCUUAUCAGGGAUUCGCCUCUGGUGAUGCCGACAAGGAUGCUUUUGCGCCUAGAUACUUUGUUGAACAAGGCCACAACAUUGCUCUGUGCCAGAGUUUUGCCAAGAACAUGGGUCUAUACGGUGAGCGUGCAGGCGCAUUCUCUCUCGUCUGCGCCUCAGCCGAGGAAAAGAAACGCGUCGAUUCCCAAAUCAAAAUCCUCAUUCGCCCUCUUUACUCCAACCCCCCUAUUCACGGCGCACGUAUCGCAUCCACCAUCUUGAAUGACCCCGAGCUCAAGAAGCAAUGGCUAGGCGAAGUUAAGGGUAUGGCAGAUCGUAUCAUUGAGAUGCGCACUCUUCUCAAGCAAAAUCUUGAAGCUUUGGGUAGUAAGCAUGACUGGUCCCAUAUUACCGACCAGAUCGGUAUGUUUGCAUACACCGGCCUAAAACCUGAACAAAUGGAUGUCCUUGCCAAGGAACACUCCGUCUACGCAACAAAGGAUGGCCGUAUCUCUGUCGCUGGAAUCACGACAGGAAACGUUAAACGACUUGCAGAGGCUAUUUACAAGGUUACUGGUUAGAUUUCUUUUCAUACUAUUUUGUAGAAAAUAGAAGCAAAGAGAUAAAAGAAUAAAAGGUUGGUUCGGUAAUUGUGCUAUGUCAAUGGCAUGUCAAAUACUAGACAGAAUGGUAUGAUAAGAUUUG